UGUAAGUUAGAGAGGUGCCUGGAUAUGUAGUCUCAAAGUUGGAGUGCUUAAUUACUUGUCAGCUAAGGCCGAGAUUGUGUUGCUUAUGUAUUAUGCCUAUAUAUAAUGCUAUCACUCUGGAACCUGAAGUCUAAUUCAUCAAUUUCUUAUUGGAAACCCACUGGAUAGUGUUACUUAAUCAUGGCUGCAUCUUCAGUCCCACCUGACGAGGUGUUGCUGUCAAAAAGAGUUCAAGAAAUGGUCCUUCUUGGAGAGGAGCCACUAGGACCUUAUAUUUGCAGAAGUGGUGAAGAUGUUGAUGAAAAUGAAGACAUCAUGGAUACUUCUCCUAUUCCUAUAAUUGAUCUAAACCGCCUGUCUUCUUCAACAACAUCAGAUAACGAACGCGAACGAGAGUUGGAGAAACUUGGAUCAGCUCUAUCUUCUUGGGGAUGUUUUCAGGGAAUAGGACAUGGGAUUUCAGCUUCUUUCCUGGACAAGAUCCGCCAAGUUUCAAGGGAAUUCUUCAACCAGCCAAUGGAAGAGAAGAACAAGUAUGCCAAAUCAGUUGUUGAUGUUCAUGGUUAUGGAGCUGAUCCUGUUCCGGAACAAGGCCAGUCCCUUGAUUGGUCUGAUCGUCUCUUCCUCGAGGUGUUCCCUGAAGAUAGAAGACAGUAUAACCUCUGGCCACAAAUCCCAAUAGCAUUCAGAGAGGUCUUAGAAGAUUAUGCUGAGAAAACGAAAAUGGUCACAGAAAUUACCUCUAAAGCUGUGGCAAAGUCAUUGAAGCUGGAAGAAAAUUGCUUCUUGGAACAAUUUGGAAAACAAGCACAACUGCAAGCGCGGUUUAACUACUACUCACCAUGUCAGAGGCCUGAUCUGGUUCUUGGCUUAAAACCUCAUGCUGAUGGAACAGGAUACAGUAUUAUUUUGCAAGAUGAAGUAGGACUCCAAGUGCUUAAGGAUGGCAAAUGGUAUACAGUACCAAAAGAUCCUACAGCUCUGUUUGUUCUCAUGGGUGAUCAAAUGGAGAUAAUGAGCAAUGGAAUGUUCAAGGCCCCGGUACAUAGGGUGUUGAGUAAUUCAGAGAGGGAUAGAAUUUCUGUCGCAAUGUUCUACACGCCUGAAGUAGGGAAAGAAAUCGGACCAGAAGAUGCAUUAGUUAACGAGGAUAGACCAAGGAUAUACAAGAAAGUCAAAGAUUAUGCAGAAACUCACUGGAAGUUUUACCAGCGUGGCCAAAGAUGUUUUGGAGAGAGGUGAUAAGACAAGAUAUGAUGCAGCUUCAGAUUACCGAGGACAUGAUCUUAGAUAUGAGGGUGUGGAAGACACGUUUAGGGUAAAAGAGUAGUAGGCAGUGUAAUGUUGUCUUGUUUAGGAUGGCUAGUGUUUGCUAUGGUACUAGUUGUAUUAUUAUAGUUUUUGUUUUUUAUUUUUAUCAUUGUUUAUUAUUGUUUUUUCAAUAAUCUAUCCUAGUAUGUUGUUAUGGUAUUUCAAAUAUCACAUGAUUUU